CGUGGCCAGCUCCCACUGGCAUGGAUAACCAAGCUGCUGGCAGCCACACUUGAGUGGCAGCAAUUCGGCUGGACGCCUGGAGAAUAACACCGCCAAGAAGCCCACUCUCCACCUGUCAUUUGUUUUCAUCUAGAACCCAUACGCCAGACAGUGGGCCAAGCGAGUGAGCAAUGGCAACCAUCAGCGCCGCCGCAUCCGCCGCCCUCUUCCCCGGCGCCGGCGUCGCCAGGCCGUCUCAGGGUCACGGGGUGCCUCAGCUGAGAGCAAGGGCCGGCAAGAUGCGGUGCGGCGCCUGCUCCAAGCAGCAGGACGGCAACGGCAAGGCGCCGGCGGCGGCUCCGGCCGGCGCGUCCCUGCUGGCCGCGGCGAGCGCGAUGACGGCGUCGCCCGCGCUGGCGCUGGUGGACGAGCGGAUGUCGACGGAGGGCACCGGGCUCAGCCUGGGGCUGAGCAACAACCUGCUGGGGUGGAUCCUGCUGGGCGUCUUCGGCCUCAUCUGGUCCCUCUACACCGUCUACACCUCCACGCUCGACGAGGACGAGGACUCCGGCGGCCUCUCCCUGUGAAAUCCUUUUGAUUUCCAGCAGUUUACUUCAGCCCUGACCUGUGCAAGUUCGACGCUCUGUGGGUGCAACUGGAAGUCUGCAACUGAAGACAUGGUUGUAUGCGACUGUGAUUGGGUUGUUGCAUCGGAGAUGGUAAUGACGAGUACUUAGUAGUUGGCUUUAUGGUGGUUUGAGAUUGCACCUAUGAGGCUCUGAUGCAUGAAAGAUGCUGGGCACACACUGUACUGUAUGAAGUUUGAUAGCAGUCCGAUUUGGUUGCUGAGUGUCAUAGUGUGGCAUGAGAAAAGAAAUAUUCUAGAGUCGUGUUGCAACUAAACUCAGUUUCAUGCGACUAUGUGAGUGUUAAACUGUUAAUGUUGCCGAUGUCAACAUGAAGCAGAGUUAAGUUAUGUUAAUUUGAGUUCCAGAUA